CACUUAAUCCAAAAGUUCACCAUAUAUUGGUCAUUUUCUUUUAGCAGGAGACAGCUGCUGCCCCCAUCCAUCCUCUAAUUUUAUUGUCGUAUAACAAUGACGGAAACCACAUUGCACAAGAAGAAACUGGAAGGCAAACUGGCCAUAGUCACAGGCGGUGCUAGUGGCAUCGGGGAGGCGACUGCACAUCUUUUUGCCAAGCAUGGUGCGCGUAUGGUGGUCAUUGCUGAUAUCCAAGAAGAACUAGGCCAUCAGGUUGCCAAUUCAAUUGGUUUGAACCAUUCAACAUACAUACGUUGUGACGUUACUGAUGAAGAACAGGUCAAAGCCAUGGUAGAAUGGACGGUCAAGAAUUAUGGGCAACUUGACAUCAUGUUUAGUAAUGCAAGGAUUUUUAGUAGGUUGAAUCAGACCGUACUUAACCUAGACUUGUUGGCCCUUGACCAUCUAUUUGCGAUCAAUGUACGUGGCAUGGCUGUAUGUGUAAAGCAUGCAGCACGUGCUAUGGUUGAAGGGCAUGUGAGGGGGAGCACUGUGUGCACCGCAAGUGUAGCAGCAAAUCAGGGUUCAACCAAAAAUACUGAUUACUUUAUGUCAAAGCACGCGGUGCUUGGGCUUGUUCGAUCAGCAAGCAGGCAAUUAGGGGAGCAUGGGAUUAGAGUGAACUGCAUAUCAUCCUCUGUAAUUGCGACUCCAAUGGCAUGCAGUGUAUCCGGAAUGGAUGCCGAGCAAGUGGAGAAGGCAUGUGAGCCGCACGCGAGCUUGAAAGGAGUUGUCCUAAAAGUGGGGCAUGUAGCUUGUGCAGUGCUCUUCCUUGCAUCUGAUGAUUCUGGAUUUUUGAAUGGGCAUAACGUAGUGGUUGAUGGCGGCUGGGUUGACUAG